AUGGCGGACGUGAAGAUGGAAGUUUUGAGYUGGUCUGGUGAAUGGGGCCUCCCUUCCAUCGAUAUUGAAUGUUUAAAAGUCCUUACUUAUGCAAAAUUCUCAGGCUGUCCACUCAAGGUUCAGAAAYACAACAAUCCCUGGARAUCACCAACAUGGUAUCUGCCGAUUUUUAAAUCUCAAAAUAAAGUAUUGACRUCACCAAGAAAUAUUAUGGAUUUCCUUAGAGAAAAGAAUUUUAAUGCAGAUUAUCAACUGUCAGCCAAGCAAGGAGCAGACACAUUAGCCUUUCAAGCCCUCAUUGAGGAAAAACUGAAGCCUACUCUGCUKUUUGCUCUAUGGGUUGACACACAAAAUUACAGUGAGUUUACWAGAAAACUAUACGCAAAAAGACUACCAAUCCCUCUGAGCUUCAUAAUUCCUGGCCAAAUGGCAAAAAUAGCAAAGAACACAGUCUAUAAAGGACAUGUCAUUGAUGAAGAACAUGAAAGUGCUUUUGAGAAAAAGAUAUACAAAGAUGCACUUGAUUGUUUGAGUUUCCUCUCAAUUCAGCUUGGAGACAAACCUUUUUUCUUUGGAGAAAAUCCUACUACACUAGAUGCAGUGGCUUUUGCUCAUCUUGCUCUAAUCUGGAGAACUCCACCAUUACCAAACAACAAACUCAAAAAUCAAUUGAUGGGGUUUGRAAAYCUWAUUGGUUUCUGUAGUCGAGUACUUCAAAGAUACUUUCCUGUAUACCCAGAAGCAACACCUAAGGCAACAGUAUAUUAUUAUUUUCAAGAAAACAGGCAAGACGAAAACACAUCUUCAUCACAAUCAGCUCAYACUUCAGAUGAAGAUCCCUAYCAAACCUACAAGUUGUGUUUAUCUGUUGGCAUAGCAACUGUUGCCAUGGCUUCUUAUGCUGUACUUAAUGGAUUGGUUACAUUUAACAAGACCCCUGAUGAGGAAGACGAUGAUAGUUUCGAUGAUGAAGAGUACAUUUAUGAUGAAGAAUAAAGCAAGAAAACGUUAGUAAAAAAGAUUUAUUUCAUUGUCAAAGCAUUCYGGGAUAACAGAGUGAAACAUUGCGCCUUGUCCAAUGACUCCAGCUUAGCAGUGCUAAUAAAAUCUACAAAUAACAGAUUUCCAGAAUGGAAARUUGGACAGAAUUAUACAAAUGGUUGUUAGUAAGACAUUUUGUAUGACCRAAACAAGUUAGAAGGCUGCACAAAAAUUUCAUCAAGGAAGUUCAAACCUUCAGUGCCAAUGUUGCAAAGGACGUUUGUCGCAUAMCUCCACGCAUGCGUAACAAUACAAAAAAUCCUUGUUCCCACAUGGUAAAGGUCAUGUUAUUUUUAUCAUUAAAAUACAUGUACUUAGAAAGUUGA